AUGAGGGCGCUGGGUGUCCUGCUGCUGCUGGCUGUUUUCUUGGUAUCAGCCCACGCUGCUCGAGAAUACCGCAUUGUUCCAGGGUUUGACAUCCCGGGCAAUGACAUCCGCUCCCCCGACGGCAAGACCCCCUACACCAAGGUGUGCACCCCCGCCGGCGGCUACAAGGGCAAGAUGGGCUACGACGCGUUCAAACAAUACUGCGAAGACACCCCAAAGUGCGUCGCCGCCGUCGCGCCGAGCGCCCCCGACGGCUGCGCGUACCUCAAGACCAAAGGCGUCAGGGCCGUCACCAAGGCCGACCCCAAGUGGGUGGUGGUGACGUCGGCGGAGAAGCCCCAGCGGCCGUGCGCCUUUUCGCAGCUGGGGGGCCCCUGCACGACCGACCCCUGGGUGGAGCUGCCGGUCUGCUGCGGGGGCAACAAGAACCCCUGCGUCAACGGCGUCUGCGUCAGCGGCUUUCCGUCGAACCCGGCGCCCACCAAGAGCCCCCGCGUGUACCGCUUUGUAUACCAGCACCUCAUCCAGGGCUACGACAUCCCCUCCCCCGACGGCAAGACCCCCUUCACGCGCGUCUGCACCCCACCCGGCGGCUACAAGGGCAAGACCGGCUACGACGCCCUGCAGCUGUACUGCGACGAGCACGCCAAGUGCGUCGCGGUCGUCGGCGACAAGGACCAGUGCGGCUACCUGAAGACCAAGGGCACCCGCGACGCCACCUCACCCGACCCCAACUUCUUCGUGCUGACGUCAGCGGAGAAGCCCCAGCGGCCGUGCGCCUUCUCGCAGCUGGGGGGCCCCUGCACGACCGACCCCUGGGUGGAGCUGCCGGUGUGCUGCGGGGGCAACAAGAACCCCUGCGUCAACGGCGUCUGCGUCAGCGGGUACCCCUCUGGCCACUGA